UGUGCAUUCAUACGUCAACAGAUGGGGCAAGUCUUUGUGGAUGCAGUACACACACUGAACUCUGAAUACGACAAGAUUUCACUGCAAAUGGUCUUAAACAAAAUAGGUGUCUCAAGCUUAGGAGCAUAUAUAAGUCCAAAAGAAAACACACUCAAAAGGGACCCAGCUGUUGUCACAGUGGUCAAUAUGGGCUUCCCUAUUGAUGAUGCUUUACUAAAGGCAGCUGAAAUUAAAGAAGAAGGUUCCGUUAUCUCAGCUGACACUCUGAUCGAUAAACUAGAAAAUGAUGAGCCACUCAGAAUCAUUAUGGAACAUUCAGAGACAAGGGAGACAAACUCUACCAACAUCUCGGAGCUGUUAGAGAAAACCCGAGUCGUUAAAGAACAGAACAACCAGCUACGUCAGCAGACAGUGUGUAAGAUCUGUAUGGACAAGGAGGUGGCUGUCGUCUUUCUGCCCUGUGGUCACCUAUCGUCGUGUGCAGACUGCGCUUCGGCCAUGAGAGAUUGUCCAGUCUGCCGGGUCAACGUCAGAGGAAUUGUCCGAGCGUUUAUGGUCUUCGCCUACACGACUAAGAUGGAACACGAAGACACGCCCCGUCGCCUGCUACCCACAUCCACACGUGGCAGAAGUCGAUCCUCGUCUGCUUCCUCUUCCAGGGGUCGUGGAGGUUCAGGUCGUUUUGACAAAUUUAAAAGCGAGAUGGUCAGUUUGACCCGCUCGGCUAAAAGAUCGCCACCAUCUUCUCCGGAGUAUUCCUGUGCUCAAGCUUUAAAGUACAGGCGAACCGAAAGACAAGAAUCUUCACAUUCAACUAAAUCCAAGCCCAGGUUUAAAACUGCGAGAUCAACAGACGAUCGCUAUGUUGAAUCAACGAUUAGCGUUCGUGUAGCAUCACUGUCCUCACGAGAUAAGGUAUUUCCCAAAUCCACCUCAGAAAAACAUACUUCUUCCAAAAGAGACAGUCGUAAGACUUCACCACGUAGCGUUGUUUUGAAAAUCUCACCACCCAGCAGUUAUGACUCGACGACUCCAGUAAGCAGACGUGAGGUAGUUAACUCAGACGACAGUCCACAGCGGAUGGUCGUGAAGACCUCACGUAACCAACAUCCAUCUCCUGAUGCUCGGGGGACUCACUCGCUGUCCAGACGUAGCAGCGGUUCUAGCGUGUCAUCUUCAUCUCGAAGUCUGCGAGGACAAGGCGAGCGAUCACCUCGAAGAUCUAGUUCAAGUUCUUGUGGCUGUGGGGAGGACAGUCCUCCUACUUCAGUCAACGGUCAAUCUCGUUCCAGGUCAUCCAAUGAAAAGUCUUCUAACAGAUACAGCGGUUAUUAUAGCCGGACAGGGAAAUCUACUGAAAGUUAUGAGCCUAGGAAUGAAUAUGGAGAUUGUUGUGAAGACACGCCCAAACGAGAAGGAUUCAAAUCACUGCCGACUUCAGCACAUUCUUAUGGUUCAGGUCAUGGAUCUUCGUACAGGGGAGACAAGAAACCAGUUUUUGAAGUAAAAGAUCUAAGAAACAAAAUCCGAUCUGGAUCUAGUUCAUCAACCCGCACCCCUCAACCCAACUACACUUCUAAAUCCACCGUCACCCCACAACCUACCUACACCCCUGAUACCCACUUUAUCCUGAAUACGCCUAAAUCUCUCCCCCUCACAUUCAACAACAAGCCACCAAGAAAUUCCUACCGAAGAUCCGAGUCUUUUAGCCAGCUUUCCCAGCCUAAGAAACAAUGGAGCAGGGAUUUGGUGGCCCGGAGCCAAACCUACAGUCACAAGUUCAUUGACUCCCAUUGUCACAUUGACUUUAUCUACAAGCAGAUGGGCCUGGACAGGGGCACAAGUUUCCCCAGCUUCAAGGCCAUGGUGUCGGCAUCAAUGCCAGCCAACUAUGAGGGCUGUGUGGCUGUCUUCUGUGACCCUAACACAUUUGAUGAUCAAUAUCCUAGAGAUACAGUAUUGAAGUCAGUUGCAGGAACUGAGGGCAUCUGGUUUGCUUUUGGCUGCCACCCAAAGAGUGCCACAGGUUUCACAGAUAGCCACCUCAAAGGCUUGAAGAAAGUUUUGAAGCGCCCAAAAGUUGUGGCCCUUGGUGAAAUUGGCCUGGAUUACUCUGGAACAUUCCACAGACAUGCAGACGUCCAGAAACGUGUCCUUAGAGUUCAGCUGCAGUUGGCGCUAGAUUUGGACCUGCCUUUGGUCAUACACUGUCGUGAUGCUGAUGAUGACUGUCUGGAGAUAAUGCAGGAGAUGGUACCACAAGACCACAGCAUCCACCUCCAUUGUUUCACCAGAGAUGAGAAAACAGCCAGGCGCUGGCUGACCUCAUUCACCAACCUGUACAUUGGCCUGACCCCUGUCAUCACCUACCAGUCAGCUGUAGAGCCCAUGACGGUCGCUGCCAGAAUUCCACUCAAUCGUCUGCUACUGGAGACAGAUGCACCUUACUUUGUACCUGGGGCCAUUAGGAGCAAGUUGAAAGUCUCCCACCCCGGCCUAGCCUUAUACACAGCCGAGCGUAUCGCAGAACUUCGUAAUGUGUCUGUGGACACAGUACUUAAAGCCUGCAGACAGAACACACGUCUGGUGUACGGGAUAUAG